AUGGUGCCCGUCCCGGACCCCAGCCACGGAUCUUCUCUGCUUCCCGCAGGAACGCGGUGUGGCGGGUCUGCCGAGUUUUCGUCCGCCCCAUGUUUGCUACCGAGCUCACCAAGUGACCGUGUAGCCGGGCUCUCGGCUGCGCCGCUUCCCCCCUGCAAGCCGCCCCCGAGAGGCUCUAGAGAGCAAGCUGCUGCUGCAUUUGGUUCUCGUUCGCAGAUUUCGUCUGAAGACGAGGGGUCAGAAGAAGGGCGGCCGGCGGGGCUGGUGCAGCCCUUUCGGUUCCAACAUCACUGGCGCUCUUCGCCGUCGUUCGCUAGACUCACGCCCUCUCCUGAUGUCCCUGCGUCGCCCCUCGCCCGCUUCCGAGCCACGCCGCGGCAUGCGUCUGGCCGUGGGGACGCGCCGGCGACGCUGGUGCAGACCGCGAUCGACCGCCGCCCGAGCGCCUCUGAUGGCCUCUCAGGCCACGCGUCGCCGUUCGCCGCCUGCGACGACGGACGCGCCACGGUUGUUUCGCCCGUAGCACUGCCCAGCCUUGCGGCGAGCCGCUGCGGCAUGUAUACCCCUGUGAAGCGAGGGAGCGACGCCGGCGCGCGGUGGUCAUUCUCGAGUGUGGUGUCGACUGAGGCCUUCUCGCAGGCCUCGUACACGCCCAGCAGCGCGCGAAUGUCGGUGCUGACAGACCCUGGAAGCCUCAGCUCGUUAGGGGGACGCUCGCCAGCGCCUCCUCCGCUCGCGGGCCUGGACCAUCCGCCGUCGGAGUCCAGCGCCGACCAGUCGCCGCUGCCCGCGCGCAGCUUCUGUCCGCCGUCUGUGUUUGCCGCGUACGCAGCUCAGGCUGCGUGUGGAGACGCCAGCGGCUGGCUGGAAGAGGGCGAGGAGUCCGACGACGAGCGCGAGGGCGUGUCAGACGACGAGGACCUCGGCGUGGACGAAGAGCGAAGCCGCGUGGAGUGGCUGGGGUUCGACCCGCCGCACGCGGCGAAUGCGACCCUCAGCCCCCAGCUUUUUCCUGCUCCUAGGAGGAGCCCAGCCGUCUUCGUGCUGCCGUAUCUGAGGGAAAAAUCCGCCGGACCGCACCGCGGUCGUCACGCCUCGUUGCCAUCCUUCUCGUCGCCAAGCCCCCUGACACUUCCGCAUGUGCCGCGACAAGCGCACCCGGCCCGGUCUCUCGUGUGGGCGCCGCUCCGCAGUCUCGAAGCGGAGGCUCGCUGCGGAGGUCGUGAGAGCGGCCGCAGGGCCGCCCUCAGCCCGCGCAACGACACCGAGAAGAGGGGAGCCGAAACUGUCUUUCCUGAGGUCCAAGGGCUUCGUCGUCCGGCAAGCGAAAGCGCACUCGCGGCUCUCGCAAAGCGGGUAGAAGGCCAGCAGCCGUUCACCAAGAGCGGCUGGAAGGUUGCGUUUCUCAAGGACGCAGCUUGUAGAAACGGCGAAGCCGUGAGAUUCGGAAUUCCAGAUGUAAGGGCGUCUGGCCACGGCGGAAGGGACCUGCCUCCUAUUCAGGAGAGGGCGCGGGCCGCAAUUUCAACAGACCGUGUCUCUGAGGGCGCCGGGGCUGACGAGGUCGGCGAAACUGUCGCGAAGUUCCGGCGAGACAGCGCGAGCCCCGCACACCAACUAGGCCACGACCUUCGUGGAGUCCCCCCCCCAAAGCGGAAAGGGAAGUCGACGGCGAGAGGACACGGUUCUGGCAUUCUUUUCAGUUGUUUCGGAAGGUAA